AUGCUGCAGGGCACUGGGAUGAUGCUUAACGGUUUGGAGCGAAGCCCGAUGCCAGGAAUAGAAGACGCCCUGAUGAAGGACUCGCCCAAGGCUUCCUCCUUGGUGGAGGUGGAAAACCCUUCCCUUGGUGAUGUUGACGAUCUCAGCGGUGGGCCCACGCUUACGGGAAAGAAGAGGAAGGAUGUUCCUGCGGGCGAGAAUGGCGGUGCGGCAAAGAGGGUGUUGAGGUCGGACUCCAUGAAGCUGCAUGUGGAUGCCGAGCCCGAGGAUGAAGCCGCCGCCGCCGCCGCCGUGGAUGUUAGCGAGGGUGACGCUUUGGAGAAGACUGACUGUGAGGCUACUGCGGGUGACAAUCUGGAGAAGACUAACUGCAAGGCUACUGCGGGUGACAGUCUGGACCAGACUAACUGCGAGGCUACUGCGGGUGGCAGUCUGGACAAGACUAACUGUGAGGCUACUGCGGGUGACAGUCUGGACAAGACUAACUGCGAGGCUACUGCGGGUGGCAGUCUGGAGAAGGCUAACUGUGAGGCUGUUGCAGAGGAAGGCAGAAGCGGGGCGCAGACAGUCGACGCUUCUAAAGGUGAUGAGCACAUGGAUGAGGAUCCAGUGAAAGUGGAUGAUGCUAUAGAAGUGCCAGCUAAGUGUUCUGAGAAUAGUGUGGAAAGUGCCGGUAUUGCUGAAGAGAAUGGCUUAGAUAACCAAAAAAGCAAUUUUGAAUCUGAUGAUAAGAAAGUGAAGGCAGACGAGAAGAUUUACUCUGCAACUCAGGAGGAGGAGAAUGUGUCUGGAACAAGUGGGGGUAGUACUGAUGACUCCCACGAAAACAAGGGUGCCAAUGGACCUUGCCAGGGGGAGGUCAUAGACCCAUCAGCUGCAGCAAAAGAUGAUGAACUGGUCAUUGAUGUAAGCAGAAACAACCCUACUAGCGCAUCAGAACCUGUUCAGCAGGAUGGUAAUGUUGUGCAUACUGAGGGAAUGGUACUCCAGAGUGGUGAUCAGGGAGUUGAGAAGCAUUGUCACGAUGAAGAUGUACGUAAAGACACUGAAGCUUCUCUAAAUGAUAAUGGAAGAUGUGUGGCUGAUAACAGCAUCGCAUUAGCUGAUUGCAAUAACCAUAAAGAGGGCUUAGGUAGCCCUGUAGGCAGAACCAAGGGGAUUUCGACUCCUGACAUUGUAUUUAUAAGGAGAAAGUCGUUAACCAGAAACACAUGUGAAACGAAGCAGGUGAAACAUGAAGAGGAGGAGGUUCAGUUUGAGAGGAGAGUUACAAGGUCAUCUACAGUUAAACAAAGAGAGGCUUCUGGAAGCUCAUGCAAAAGUAGUGCGAACGCGGCUAGCAUGGAAAGCAAGGGGAGAAAGGAAGAUGUUGUUCAUCAUUAUACAAGGAAAGUGAGCAAUACUGCAUCCUUAAAAGCUGACCAUACUGAACCUUCUAAACGUGGAACCAACACAAAGAAGAACACACCAAAUGGAAAGAUUACUGCUCAAAGAAAAUCAGGUGUUACUGGUAAUGAUUAUCCUGAAAAUACCACAGAGAACAAGGCAUCAGCAACAGAGAUAAAGAUCAAUUCGAAGCCACAGCCGUCCAUGAGAAGUGGUAGCAUUGCCAAGGCCACAACAAAAGAUGCAGUUUCUCUGGUGGAUCAGAAUGUCUGUAGUUCAGCUAUCACUGAAAAGAAUGAUACAGAGCUAACAGAUUCGGAAGGAGUUAGAUCUGAAAACAAGACUGCCGUGCCGAAGUCACCAUUAUCAGUUGGUGCUAAGAUUGUUGCCAGCAAGAAGAGGAUGUUGGAAUCAGGUCUUGAUAAAAUUGCUGGAGGAUCACCAGUUGAGACGCCAUCCAUGAAAAAGACAAGAAGUACUUCUCACACCGAGUUAGAUCAAUCAAAGAAGUCUUCUGGGAAGAUGCUUACAGAGAAGAACUCCGGUCCAGACAAAAAAGAUAUUUUGACAAAACGGCAGCAUCACAGUCGAGCAGCUGAGUUGAGCAGAUCUGUUGACCCCUCUAAUAAAGAUGCCUGCAAGCUUUCACAUAAUGGAUCUGAUGUUGAUGGAACUGAUAUCAUUAUUACCCACAAGAGAAAUUGUAGAGGGCGCAGAGAACAUGGUGUUCCUGCCGUCAUGGUAAAACAAGAGUAUUCUAGUGAAUCUGAGGAAGUUAUUGUCGUGAGAAAAGACAGGCGAAAAAGGAAACAUCCAGUGCAUAAACAAAGGUCCGAAUCUAGACCAAACCGUUCUUCUGGUUCUCCCAAAGCAAGUUGUUCCAAAGGCAAUAGCAAGGCAAAAUCUGGAAACCCAGGUGAACCAACAGGUCGUUUCGAACUAAAGCGUCAAAUAAGUGAACAGAUAAAGACCAUACUUCUGGAUGCUGGUUGGAAGAUUGAUCUGAGACCAAGGAAUGGCAGAAAUUAUUGGGAUUCUGUCUAUAUACCUCCAAGUGGUAAAGGAUCUUACUGGUCAAUCACAAAAGCAUACGCAAUGUAUGAAAGUAUGCAAUCUGAGCAAAAGAACGAAGCUACAAGCGAGAAUUUAUCAAAGAAAUCUCCGGGCAGCCCUGGCAAAACGCAUGCUUCUAUGAGUAGUUCUUUACCACAGGAGAUCCUCAGCAAAUUAAAAAGAGUAGUUGUUAACAAGCGAAAGACCAAAAUUGAGCUUCAGAAGUUAAAAAAGAGGAAGCAUGGUUUGCUAAAGAACUCUAAAAAUUCAAAGGGCAGGCCAAAGGAAAAGAAGAAGAAGAUUUCAAAGGAAAGAAAAAAGCGAGGCGGUUGUGCUCUACUCGCUCGUGGAUCAAAUCAGGAGGCUGGAAGCAGCAAUGGUUUUGCUCCAUAUGAAUGGAAACGCACAAUUUUCUCCUGGUUGAUUGAUCUGGAUGUUCUAUCCGUCAACACUAGACUGAAAUGCAUGGAUGAAAGCCGCUCAAAAGUUCUGCUAGAGGGUUUAAUCACCAGGGAUGGAAUUAACUGUAGCUGCUGUAGCAAGGAUGUCACAGUACUCGAAUUUGUGACUCAUGCUGGUGGUCAACUGAGCAAACCAUACAGGAAUAUACUUGUGGAUGGGCUGGACAAUGACCUUUUGCAUUGUCUCAUUAGUGCAUGGGACAAGCAGUCUGAUUCUGAAAGACAGGCUUUUUUCCCUGUUAGCACUGAGGGUGAUGAUCCCAAUGACGACACGUGUGGUAUUUGUGGUGAUGGAGGCAAUUUGAUCUGCUGUGACGGAUGCCCCUCAACAUUCCACAUGAGUUGCCUAGAACUUGAGGAACUUCCAUCUGAUGAUUGGCGCUGUGCAAACUGUUCCUGUAAAUUUUGUCAGGAGCAUUUGAAUCAUGAUGCUCCAGACAAUGCUGAAGUUGAUUCAUUACAUUCUUGUUCCCAAUGCGAGGAGAAAUAUCACCCAGCUUGCUCUCCUGAGACUGAGGACCUAUCCAGUGUCUCCAAUCAGGCAGGAAAUCAUUUUUGCCAACAAAGUUGCAGACUGCUGUUUGAGGAAUUGCAGAAUCUUCUUGCGGUCAAGAAGGAUCUUGAACCUGAAUUUGCAUGCACAAUUAUUCAGUGCAGCCAUGAAGAUGCACCAGAAACAGUUCUUGAUUUGGAUGGAAGGGUCGAGUGUAAUUCCAAGAUUGCAGUUGCUCUUUCACUGAUGGAUGAGUGCUUUCUUCCUAUUGUUGACCAAAGAACUGGCAUCAACUUGAUACGUAAUGUUGUGUACAACUGUGGGUCAAAUUUUCUCCGGCUGGAUUUCCGUGGAUUUUAUAUCUUUAUUUUGGAGCGUGGAGAUGAAAUAGUAUCUGCAGCAUCAGUCAGGAUACAUGGGACCAAGUUGGCAGAGAUGCCAUUCAUUGGUACACGACAUAUGUAUCGGCGCCAAGGGAUGUGCCGUCGACUUUUAGAUGGAAUUGAAAUGAUCCUCAGUUCUCUCAAAGUUGAGAAGUUGAUCAUUCCUGCUAUUAAUGAACUUGUGGACACCUGGACAUCCAAAUUCGGAUUUAGCCCACUUGAAGUUUCAGACAAGCAAGAAGUCAAGUCUAUCAACAUGUUAGUCUUUCCUGGUACAGGUCUUCUUCAAAAGGCAUUGCUAAAUAAGCAGGCUUCACCUCAGGAACACCCAGAUUCUGAAGGAGAUGCGGAGACCCAAGGUUUGGAGGUCAUGGAUCAGUUGAACAGCAGCAAAGAAGAUGCUGAAACUUGCAAAGAUUGA